AUGGAGAACCUCACAGACGAAGCGAAAGGAGAGAUCGUGGAAGAUACUCCCAACGAGCAGACCAUUGACUUGCACCGUACCUUCAAAGCACGACACAUCCAGAUGAUAUGCCUCGGAGCAAACCUCUCGAGCGGAUUGUUCGUUAGUACCGGCAAGGCACUGCGUUAUGGAUCUGCUUCGGGCAUGUUGAUCGGGUAUAGCAUUGUGUGCUCGGCCGUCUAUUUCUUGAUGAACGUCCUGACGGAGGCCACAUGUCUGUGGCCGACAUCCGGAAGCUUCAUCGACCACGCCACGCGAUUCGUCGAUCCAGCUCUGGGGUUUGCCAUGGGUUUCUGCGAGUGGUUCGCCUAUAUGACCAUUGUUGCAAGCGAAGCCGCCAUUGUCCGCGUCAUCCUCUCGUGGUGGACCACGUCCAUCCCCACUGCUGCCUGUAUGACUGUCUUUCUGGCAAUCGUGUUUGCCAUUCACGCCCUUCCUAAUCGAUGGUUUGCCGAGUUUGAGUUUGUGACGGCCUGCGCCAAGGUGAUAAUGAUGCUGGUUCUGAUCUUCGCCUGCAUCGCGAUGCUCGCAGGAGCAGGGGAACACAAUGGGACCGCCUACGCCUGGAACUACACUUCGGGGCCAGUCUUCCCUAAUGGCUUUAAAGGCAUUUGCCAAGCCAUCCCGUUAGCAGUCUGGGCGGUGGGCGGACAAGAGAUCAUGGGGAUCAGCGCGGGUGAAGCACAGAUGCCACGGUGGGACAUGCCACGAGCGUGCAAGAAUCUGAUCGGACGGCUGAUCAUCUUUUACGAGCUGUCCAUCGUCUUCAUGACGCUGCUCGUGCCAUACAACAACCCCAAUCUCCUCGGGACCAGCAGCGUGGCCGCUUCCCCGUUCGUGAUCGCGCUGCAGAAUGCGAAGAUCUCCGUUCUCCCCUCGCUACUCAACGCCGUCAUCCUACUGGGCCUGUGCGGUAACGCUGCAGAAGCAAUGUACAUUGCCUCGCGGGUGCUCACCGCGAUGGCCCGGAUGGGGAUGAUGCCUGGGCCGUUCAAGAAGAUCGACAGCCGCGGUCGGCCGUAUCUUGCGCUGAUCGCCACGGCCGUCUGCUCGACGGUGUGCACCUAUAUCAACUGCAGCGGCACGGGCGCCCAGAUCUUCACGUGGUUCAGCUCCAUCAGCUCCACGGUCUUCUUCAUGGCGUGGCUGACCAUUGCCAUCACCAACAUUCAAAUGCGUCGCGCCAUCCGUGCCCAGAAUGACCCGGCUUUCCGUCUCCCGCACGCCUUCCGGCUCCGAGGGUAUCCUUUUCCAGCUUUGACUCUGCUCACUCUGUGUCUGGCGUGUCUGGGGAUGACGGCGUAUGUGAGCGUCAAGCCGAUUGGCUCGUCCAGCAGCGCGGAGGGAUUCUUCGAGAUCUUCCUGGGAGUGCCGGUGUUCGUGGUCGCGUAUCUCGGGUAUAAGCUGUACUUCCGAACGAAGCUGGUGAAGCCCCUUGAGGCAGACCUGGUGACGGGGCGGAGGCUGCUGACGCCGCAGGACGUGGCAAUGUUGGAUGAGUAUUAUGCUCAGCCGGGGUGGAAACGGGCGUUGUCCUAUGUGAGAUUCUGA